UCUAUCAACACAACGAGAGAGAGAGAGUAUAAUGUUUCACAGCGAAACGCCGUGGUUUCAUGAUCGCCGGCGUCUCCUCCUUAUCGGCGUUGCGAUCCUGGUCACGUCCAGUUUGGUUUCCUUAUGCCAUGGAGUCUCCUCUUGUCAUCAUCAUCAUCCAUCUUCAACCUCAUUUCAAGGAUUGAGGAGGCAAAUCCUGGAAGGAUCAAAUGGGACAUUGGUGUUAGCGGCGGAGAGGACACGGCGGCCUGAUCCCUUCAACCAUUUCAACAUUUAUACCGAUGGUUGGAACGUUACUAAUUUUCAUUACAUCGCCUCCGUUGGAUUUUCUGCUGUUCCGUUCAUCGUAAUAUCAAUCGUAUGGUUCGUAUUGCUUGGACUCUUCCUCAUCUGCUCAUGCCUAUGUUGCUGUUGUUGCGGUUGCGGUCGCCGGAGCUACGGCUAUUCUCGCUUCUGCUACACUCUCUCUCUCGUCUUCCUCCUUCUUUUCACCAUCGCCGCCGUGAUUGGAUCUGCGAUGCUGUACACUGGGCAAAAAGAGUUCUACGGUAGCGUGGAGAAGACGUUUAUGUAUAUUGUGAAUCAAGCAACUAGUGUUUUGACCAAGCUAACAAGCUUGUGGGACUCGAUUCAAUCUGCUAAAGACAUUCAGCUCGAUGGACAUAACCUUUUUCCUCCACAGUUCAGAGGUAAUAUUGAUCAUUUCAACAACAUGAUCAAGAUGUCUAACAUCACUUAUCCUGACCGUGUCGCUAACCAGACAAUCCGUUAUCUCACUGGAGCACUAAACCCAGUGAGACUAGUCUUAAAUGUUAUCGCUGGUGUUAUGCUCGCAGUAGCGUUCCUUGGACUCUUGUUUUCCUUCUGUGGACUACGAGUUCUUGUCUACCUCUUAGUAAUUGUGGGUUGGAUUCUCGUCACAGCAACGAUCCUCCUCAGUGCAGUCUUCCUUGUCUUCCACAAUGUGGUCGCGGACACAUGUAUGGCAAUGGACCAAUGGGUGCAUGAUCCAGCAGCAGAUUCGGCAUUGAGCCAGCUACUUCCAUGUUUAGACGCUAAAACCAUUGGAGACACACUAGAUAUAACCAAGACGAUGACUUCAACGGCCGUUGAGAUGACAAAUGCGUACACUGUCAAUGUCAGUAACUUUGAUCAGUUCCCACAUAAUAACCCUUUUUACCAUAACCAGUCUGGUCCGCUCGUUCCCCUUCUCUGUAACCCUCUCGACGAGCAUCACAACCCACGUCCUUGUGCUCCUAACGAAAUUCUCCUUGCUAAUGCCUCUCAGAUCUACAAAGGCUUUGUUUGCCAAGUGAACGCGGAAGGUAAGUGCAUAACGCAGGGUAGGUUAACCCCAGCUUCAUACGACCAGAUGAUGGGUGCUAUCAACGUGGGGUUCACGUUGGACCAUUACGGUCCGUUCUUGGCUAGUAUUGCUGAUUGCACAUUCGUCCGAGACACAUUCAGAGACAUAACCACCAAGAACUGCCCUGGACUCAGCAUAACCAGCCAGUGGAUCUACGCAGGACUGGCGUCACUCUCUGGUGCAGUCAUGUUCUCACUCAUCUUUUGGAUGAUUUUCGUCAGAGAAAGACGUCACCGUUCUCAUACUAAGAAGACGGUCCAGAUGAAUAGGUUUUGAUGAUCAGGUUCAUGCAUUGAAUGAGUGAGCAAGCAUAUUAUGUUAAUUUAAGUUUCUUUUUUUUUUGUUGGAACCGUUAACGAUGUGCUUUCAUAAAAGUAUUAACAAUUUCCAUUUAGAAA